AUGUAUGCACGAUCCAUAUUCACCGUCUUGGCAUUAGCCACAAGCGCCCUCUCCAGCCCCGUUACUCCAUCUCAAGAGCUACAGAUCGAAGCAGCUAGGAAUACUACAUGCGUUCUGAUCGGUGGUGACGACCCAUAUAUCAUCGAUCCCUUCAACCGGCCCCAGUGUGCUUGCAAGUGCAUAAUACAGUCUUGCCAACAACCCGACCCAGCUCAAACUGAGGAAUGCCUCCGUACUCCUUGGCCCUAUGCGAACGGCACUACACCCUUUCCUGACACCAUAGCACGCUAUGGUGCUUGCGUUGGCUCCACACAUUGCGUUGGAUAA